AUGCCCCCAGCUGUUAAAGUUCACUCCAAAGUCGCCCAGCAAGCCGUGCAGGAUAUCCUCACCGAAGAAGCUCUCAGCUUCCUCGCUGCUCUACAUCGUACCUUUGAAUCUACCAGGCAGUCUCUACUCGUUGCUCGUGAAGACGCUCAGCGUCGUUGGGACUCGGGCGCGCCCUUUGACUUCCCGAAAGAAACUGCAGAUGUCCGCGCUGAUCCUUCAUGGCGAUGUGCUCCCCCGGCACCAGGUCUAGAAGAUAGGCGGGUAGAGAUAACAGGUCCAACUGACAGAAAGAUGGUCGUAAACGCUCUCAAUAGCGGCGCAAAAACAUUCAUGGCAGAUUUUGAAGAUUCGAGUUCUCCAACAUUCGCUAAUAUGGUGAACGGUCAAGUCAACCUCCGUGACGCAAUAUGUCGUCAAAUAGACUUUGAGACUGGUGGGAAGAGCUAUAAAUUGACUGACACACCAGCUGUUUUGAUCGUUCGCCCUCGUGGAUGGCACCUCGAUGAGCCCCGAGUCACUGUCGACAAUGCACCUGUUUCUGGCUCCCUCUUCGAUUUCGGGAUAUAUUUCUUCCACAAUGCGAAAGAACUCAUCAAACGAGGAUAUGGACCGUACUUUUAUCUUCCCAAGAUGGAGCAUUACUUGGAGGCCCGACUCUGGAAUGACAUCUUCAAUUUUUCCCAGUCCUUUCUCGGAAUACCCCAUGGUACCAUUCGUGCUACUGUUCUUAUCGAAACCUUGCCUGCCGCUUUUCACAUGGAAGAGAUCCUCUUUGAACUGAGAGAUCACUCCUCCGGUCUUAACUGUGGAAGAUGGGAUUACAUCUUCAGUUUCAUUAAGAAGCGACGAGCUGACCGGUCUGCCAUAUUGCCUGACCGGAAGGAUGUGACGAUGACAGUUCCUUUCAUGGACGCAUACGUUCGUCUCUUGAUUCAAACAUGUCACAGGCGUAAGGUAGCAGCGAUGGGUGGUAUGGCUGCUCAGAUCCCUAUCAAAGACGACCCCAAAGCGAAUGAGGCUGUGUUGGAGAAAGUCAGGCAAGAUAAGCUGCGCGAGGUUACUGCAGGACACGAUGGAACAUGGAUUGCUCACCCGUUGAUCAACAAGAUUGCAAUGGAAGUAUUCAACAAUCACAUGCUAGGACCUAACCAGUAUCAUAUCAGACGUGAAGAUGUCAAAGUGGCCGCUGCAGAUCUGCUUAAUAACAAGGUUCCCGGCAAGAUCACCGAGGAAGGCGUCCGUUCGAACGUUUCGACUUCCCUCGCCUAUACCGCGGCUUGGAUCGGAGGUAACGGUUGUAUCCCCCUCAAUUAUCUCAUGGAGGACGCCGCGACUGCUGAGAUCACUCGUGUACAACUUUGGCAAUGGGUGAAAUAUGGGUCUCGCCUUGACUCUGGGUUCUUGAUCACCGCCAACUAUCUCGAUGGUCUGAUCGAUGAGCUCGCGCCUGGCGUGAAGAAGGUAGCUCCUGGCGUGAAGGAAGAGCAUGUCAAGACCGUGGCGGAGUAUCUGAAGGCGCAGAUUCGGAAGGAGUGGCCGAGCGAGUUUUUGACUAGCGACUUUAUGCCAUACCUUGCGGUCGCUGAUGGUGCUGACCCCAAGUGGCAGAAGACGUCACUCUAA